GCGUCACUGGAAUAAUGGAGGACUGUCUUUUCUACCCGGACUGAUGAUGUCUGUAUUUAUACUCUAUUUCUUGUGAUCCGAGAAAAAAACAACUCGUCUGCAUUUCAGUGUGUAGUUUAGGUCAGAACAACACUCUCAGGAUGACCACAGACACACCGGCCCAAAGCAUGGCCUCAAGGAUCAUGACAUUCACCCCUUCUAAAGAGGAGUUCAAAGACUUCAGCCGCUACAUCGCAUACAUGGAGUCACAAGGAGCACACAAAGCUGGAAUGGCAAAAGUUAUUCCACCUAAAGGCUGGAAGCCCAGACGGACGUAUGACGACAUCGAUGACCUGGUGAUUCCAGCUCCCAUUCAGCAAGUAGUGACCGGCCAAUCAGGACUUUUCACUCAGUACAACAUCCAGAAGAAGCCAAUGACUGUCCACGAGUUCCGCAAGACCUCCAACAUGGACAAGUUCUGUAAUCCUCGAUAUGUGGAUUUUGAUGAGCUGGAGAGGAAGUUUUGGAAGAACCUGACCUUUAAUCCUCCUCUUUAUGGGGCUGAUGUCAGUGGGACACUGUAUGAUCCAGAUGUGACUGAAUGGAACAUCGGCCGUCUGAACACCAUUUUAGACACCGUGGAGAACGAAAGCGGGAUCAAGAUUAAAGGAGUCAACACACCAUACCUAUACUUCGGAAUGUGGAAGAGCGCCUUUGCAUGGCACACUGAGGAUAUGGAUCUGUACAGCAUCAACUACCUGCACUUUGGAGAGCCAAAGUCCUGGUAUGUUGUCCCACCUGAGCAUGGCAAAAGACUAGAGCGGCUUGCCAAAGGUUUCUUUCCAGGAAAUGCUCAGAGCUGUGAAGCCUUUCUGCGCCACAAGAUGACUUUAAUUUCACCAUCAAUCCUGAAAAAGUAUGGAAUACCCUUUGAUAAGGUCACUCAAGAAGCAGGGCAGUUCAUUGUGACGUUCCCAUUCGGAUAUCACGCUGGUUUCAACCAUGGCUUCAACUGCGCCGAGUCCACCAACUUUGCCACAGAACGAUGGAUAGAUUAUGGCAAACAGGCCACACUGUGUUCGUGCCGUCAGGACAUGGUGAAGAUCUCCAUGGAUGUGUUUGUGCGCAAGUUUCAGCCGGACCGUUACAAGCUGUGGAAGGCAGGGAAAGACAACGCUCCCAUUGACCACUCCAAACCCACACCAGAGGCUGCAGAGUUCCUCAAAGAACACAAAACCGAGGCUUCAGAGCAGACUCCAGCUGAAGCCAAAACCGAAGAGCCCACAACGCCUGUGAAUGAGGACAAAAGUCCAAAGCCACAGACCGGGACUAAGCGUCCGCUCGAAGCUGUAGAAUCCUCUGAGGACAUUAAACCUGAGCUGACCGUGAAGGAGACUGAGGAGGUGGAGCCAAAGAAGGCUAAGCUCAGCCGCAAGGAGUCUCCGACUAAAGUUCCUGUCAAGCCAGAAAAAGAUGCAGUAAAAGUGAAGACGGAGCCGAAGAAGGAGAAAGAGGCUAAGCCGCAGUCUAAAUCUCAGACCAAAGCCAGCGCAAAAAAGACUUCGAACAGACGCAGCCCAGUAAAGAAAGAGAAGAACGGUGUGGUGGCUGCAGAUGUGGGUCCUUCAGAGCCUGUUGAGAGUCAGGUGGUGGCUCCCUGUUCGGAGGCAGCCGGGGGCAGUGACGAGCCGCAGGUGGGCAAUAACUGCAGCCCCGCACACAAACUGUUUCAGAGGACGCUGAGCCCCGCGGACGUCCUGCAUGUCCACAGCUACGCCAAAGGAGACUACAUAGAGGAAGAGGCUCCGCCCAAGGAGGAGAGGAAGAGUGACAGCAGUGACAUAGAGGCGGAGAACGACAACAGACAUGCUAGCAAAACAGCUGCAGAGGUGGCAGCUGCUGAUGGAGAGUCCGAGAGCGACCUGGGCCAGCUGCCAGGACAUCACCCACUCAUAAAGGACGGCAUGAGUGAUGAAGAAGCUCCAGAAGAAACCCCCCCAGUAGAGGAGGGGGGUCUGGAAGGGGAGAGCUGGGCUAAACCUCUGGCUCACCUCUGGCAGAGCAGACCUCCAAACCUGAAGAAAGAGAGGGAGUAUAACCAACGCAUGGGCUCCAAACCUCCGUACUGCUCCAUCUGCACACUGUUCCACACAUACCAACAGACUGAAUGUGCCAACAGUGUGGACAGUCCUGUCAUGGUGGCAGGUGGUCGGAUGCGGACGAAGCCCCUCAUCCCAGAGAUGUGCUUCACCACCACCACAGAGGAAGACUCAGAGUGCGAGGAGCAGCCUGCCACGCCUCACCUAGAGGAUGAUGGGACGAGCCUCCUCAUCAGCUGCUCCCAGUGCAGCGUCCGGGUUCACACCAGCUGUUAUGGUGUUGAUCCGGACACUGUGAGUAAAGACUGGAAGUGUGCACGCUGCAAAGCCAACGCCAUGACUGAGAACUGCUGUUUGUGUUCGCUGAGAGGUGGAGCCCUGCAGAAAGCCAACAAUAACAAGUGGGUACAUGUUUUGUGUGCAGUGGCCGUCUUGGAAGCUUGCUUUGUCAAUAUCACUGAAAGGAGUCCUGUGGAUUUAAGUGGAAUCCCACUGCAGAGAUUUAAACUGAAAUGUUAUUACUGUAAGAAGCGGAUGAAGAAGGCGUCGGGCUGCUGUGUGCAGUGCUCUCAUGGCCGCUGUCCCACUGCCUACCACCCCACCUGUGCCCAGGCUGCUGGAGUCCUCAUGCAGCCUGAUGAAUGGCCCUUUGUGGUCCAUGUUACCUGCUGUCGACACAAAGGCCCCACUCAGAUUGAGCGUAAUAAAGCAGCCAUGCACGAGCUCACUGUUGGACAGAAGGUCAUAUGUAAGCACAAGAAUGGCCGAUACUACCAGUGUGACGUGGUGCAGCUGUCCAAGGAGACGUUCUACGAAGUCAACUUUGACGAUGGCUCCUUCAGCGACAAUCUCUUCCCUGAGGACAUUGUGAGUCGAGACUGUGCUCAGCUUGGGCCCCCGCCUCAGGGUGAAGUAGUUCAGGUGCGGUGGACAGACGGCCUGGUGUACGGGGCCAAAUUUGUGGCAGCUCACGUCAUCCAAAUGUAUCUGGUGGAGUUUGAGGAUGGGUCUCAGCUAACAGCCAAGAGAGAUGAUGUCUACACUCUGGAUGAGGAACUCCCAAAGAGAGUUAAAUCCAGACUGUCCAAGGCGUCAGACAUGCGAUUCGACGGCAUCUUUGAAGAGAGGGAGAUUAUCCAGGAGUCGAAGAGACAGAGGGUGAUCAACUCACGUUACAGGGGGGACUACAUAGAACCUGUGAUUUACAGAGCCAUCAUGGAGUAGCCCUCACUUCCUGUCUGCUCACCCCUCACACCAGCAGCACUGACAGACUGGAACUGUGCUCACUGUACCUUAACUUUAGCAGCUAUAGUAACCGACAGAGUGUAGCUCCAGAUCACUUCCUUCAGGACCCCGCUGAGGACUGUUUUCUAUUUCUGACUUUUCAUUCAGCCUCUCUUUUUGUUAAGUGAACUACACUUCAGUUUGCUCUUUUAAACUACAAGGAAGCAGCAGUAUUUUUUGUUUUUUGUUCUAGUGUGUCUAUACGACUCCACACCACAGUGCAGUAGGCUGACGUCCAGCCAUGGCAGUACACGACAGUAGGAAGCAAUAUGACUGAGGCAUCUUUUGCUUAAAGUAGCAUUUUCGCAGCAAGGAACCAAUAAAAAAGACAAGCCAGACAUUAUACAUAGCCUCUUUAACAUAUUUUUGGAGCAUUUCAAUUAGCCCUGUCACUUAAGUGUUUAAUAUUCAUUAAUAUUGGCAUAAUUUCUGUCCUGUUGCCAUUGCAGGAGUUUAUGUACAGUUUAAGAGACAUCAUCAACUUUCAUCAUGUAUCUGCGUAUUUUAUUGUCCUCUAUAGUUUCAACUCACAAAAUUAAAAAGGUAAUUAAUAAGAUUAUCACAAAUUUAAAGGAGCAAUAUAUAAAUUGGUGCAACAUGAAAUAGGGGCCAUGUAUAGAUUAGCAUAAGAUUAAAGUGGCAGUUUAUACAAUUAUAAGAACAUUAAAGGAGUCAUUUAUAAGAUUAUCAAAAGAUUAAAGGGAAAUUUGUAAAAUAAUUUCAAGAUUAAAGGGACAUUUUUUAGAUUAUCUCAAGAUUCAAUGGGGAAUUUAUUAGAUUAUUACAAAAUUAAAGGAGCAAUUUGUAAAAUUAAGAUUAAAACAUUAGAACUACCAGGAGAAGGACAACAUUUAGUGGAAAAACUACCAUAACUCUGAAAGUCAGUUAACAUUGCUAUUAUAAAAUCUUCACAUGUAAGAUUACAUGUGUUUCUAUUUUAUUUAUAUCCAUUUUUAAUUUAAAAAAAACAAAAAAAAAAACAAAGGAAAGGUGUUCAUUGUGCUAUUUGGAAUAUUUUUUGAUGCUCUUUGUUUUUAUUGGCUGCAGCAAAUAUUCAUUUUAAAUUGUGCAAACUGGGUUAGUACAUAUGUUUUUUUACUGGUAAUAUUUCUUCACUCAAGUUACAAGUAUUACAGAUUACCUCUUUAAACUUGUGAAAACUUUACUAAUUGCCCCUUUAAUCUUGUGAUCCGGAAUUACAGAGGAGGUUCUGAUUAAAAAUGGAUGCAAAAUAAUAAUAUACUUUUGAUACCUGCCACACAUGGGAAUCUGUACCUUGUCUUUGUCAAACCUGGCUCUAUUUUACAUCCUUUAUGUGGCGGAAAGUACUUAAAACAUGCUUUUCAUCAAUCUGUUAAGAAGUAAUUGACUAGUACAAUUGCAGAUCUCUUAAUCUAUCCUUGCCACAUAGUUAUUUCUAAAUUUAAGACCUGAACUUGCCCUGCCUUCUGAAGAUUACCAAAUCAGCCAUGCGUAUUUCAGUGAGUCUGACGUGUCACCACUUGGAAAUUUACUGUCUCAAUAGAUGAAAUAAUAAUAAUAAAAUAACCUAAUUAAAGAGAUUUUCUGUUGAAAAGACAGUGAGACAGACAGAAUAUAUUUAUAUUUUUCUAACAGAGGCAAAAACAACAGUUCAGUGAAUGCACAUUUGACAUCUCUGUACAUGCAGAAAAGAAAAUGAUCCUGGCAUUUAUACCUAAGUUAAAAAGAUAUUCCACUUCAAACAUGUUUCUGCCUCAUAGGAAUAAUCCGCUUAUUUAUAUUGACAAUCCUUCACCAUAACACAUCCUGACCCAGUGAAGUUUUAACUCAUAUAUUUUGCUCUUUGAAGCUGUUAUUGGAUGUGCAGAGAUCUGAAGUUUACAGAUAAACAUAAGAUGAGGAACUGGUGCAAGAAAGAUAAAAAACUGAGCAGGUUUUCAUACAGUUCUCUGGUCCAACAAAGGAAGUCAAAAGCUUUAAUAAUUAUCCUGAGGAUCAAACAUAUUGGUGCUUAAGUAUCUUGUCUAAAUUCUAAAGUGCCCCAAUAACCAGAGGGAUUUUUUUUUUGUCAGUUUUUGGUUCUUGAUAGUUUUCAUUUUCUAACUUAUGUUACUAUCUGUUGUAUAUAAGCAGGUGGUUUAGUGUUGAAUUCUUCUAACAACAGACAGAGUACAUGAGUAAAUAAUAUAACAGUGAGUUAGCUAACAAUCUUAACAAGCUUUAGUUUUGCUGUGUAAAAUAUCUGCACAACUUAAAGGAAAAUACUGUUUUAACAGCAUCCAAUUCUACAUGGAAAUAACAACAUAUAGGUGGAUCACUUCUUUAAAUGGGAGCAAUGCCAUAUAAUCCAUAUAUGAGUAAGCCUCCUUAACUCUCAUAUGAACUGCAUUCCUUUCCAUUGAUUUUUGUAGAAAUGAACAUAGCUUUUACAUUUUGACUUGUUUUUACCAGCCUAUUUAUUAAGGUGCUUUGAGAAAGAGAAUGACCUCUGUGUUACAGAUGUGACACUGCUGAGGCCCAGUUUGAUGAUAUAUGUUCUAUUUUUUCUAUAGAUGAAUUUUAAAGAAUCCACGCAGAUUUUUAUGCGCCUUAUGUGUCCCGUUGUCCGCUCACACUUCUACUGAAAGCUGUGCGUUGCACUAUUAUUUAAGGCGAGGACGUUGUGUGCUGCCAUUGCUACUUUGUUAUAUAAAAGAGUCUGUUUUAGAAUGUUUAAUUGUACAUUUAUGAGAUGUCUUAUGGAUUGUGUGCCCCUCCCUCUCUGGCCAAACUCAUUGAUCACAUUGCACUUCUUACUGGCACAAGGUGGCCUUUCACAUGUCUAUCAUUGAUCUGCCUGUGAACUUGUUCUUAUUGUAGCCUGAGUCUUCAGAGGAAUGCUACUUUUCUAGUUAGCCAUUGCCAGUUUCAGACCAUCAGUCCAGUGGAGAACGAAAGUCUAUUAUUCAGAGUAUCAACAGAGUUGUACAUUGGGGAGGGGGGAUUUUCUAUUCUAUUUUAUUGCGUUGUUUUGUAAAACAUGUUCUAUGUGUAUUUUCACAGAAAACCUGUGAACUGUAAAUGUUAUGUAGUCUAUUUUAAGAUGUUACCCCAGGAGAUGAGCUGUCUGUUCUUGUUGUCUCCUCCUGAAGAAAAAUUACUGAACUUCCAGAUUAUCAUUCAAGCAUUUUUGUAAAAUUCAUUUGUUUCAGUAAAGAAAUUUGCUUCAG